GCCGCUUACACUCAUUUUCCCAUCACCUCGGAUGUCAACUAGAGCUAAAGCGACACUGGCUGCGUCGCUCGCAUUUUCCUCCUUCAUUAUAUGGGCAGUUCAUUACCAGCAGUCAAGGGAGCGAGAGGACAUGUUCCAAGGUGUCAUUCGUGAUGACGCUCGUCGAUUAGAGAAAAUGCGGCAACGCGAAGAAGAGUUUCGUGAAUCCUCUCGCAGGCGAGAAAUGUAUGAACAAGUACAGAAUGUCGUAUCAAGCGACCAGUCAAACAAGACUUGACUGGCGGUCCGAAGACGGCCAUAGGCCACUGCCUAGAGGUAUCGCAUCAUUGCCGCACUGGUCACCGCCGAAGCGAUGUUGGAUCCUAUUGGGUUACCCAUAACUCCGAGUCACUCUAC